CUCUGAAAAACACAUUCCCUGGAUCUACAUCUACUAGGACGCUUCUGAUUAGGCCAGAAUCUUCUAUCUUUCACCAAGAAGGCUGCCACAGUUCCUCGGUCCGCAUCAGACGAGCCCGCAAUCGCCCAACACGAAUUCGCUCGUCACGAGCUCGCUCGCCGUGAAACACGGCGGACGGCACGAUGGUUAGCGCCAAGCGCCUCCUCCUCUUCCUGUGGCUCCUCGCUGCCACGUGUCAAUGCCUCUCUCUUCGACAUAUUCCUCCCCACGACCCGGAAGCCACCGCCGCCGACGACGGGGUCUCUUCACUUGCUACUAACGUGGAUGGCCCUCUGGACUCCACUACCGGGGAUGAUUCCGCCUCUAACGCGGAUGUCCUCGCAGAGAACCCCCCUACCGCCGUUCCCGUCAAUCCCGAUGGCAUCAGCAAUCCUAACUUCUUCCCAGUUUCAAGCGAGUCUGGAUCGGCCACCAGUAGCAGUGAUAGCACUGCUCUUUACAUCGUGCGACUGCAUUCCGCGCUCCCGCUCGCUGCCUACCGCGGAGCCGUCGCCAGCUUCUCCGGCUGGGGUGACGACGACGCUGACGACGAUACUCACGGCGGCACUUCCGUCCCGGCUGGACUAGCGGCGACGGCGGAGGCGGUGGACGAAGAGGCGACGGCGCUGGGCGGCAGAGUACCUCGGCGCGCGCGGCUGUGCGCGGACAACCCGCAGGUGGCGGCUUACGCGCAGAUGCUCGAGUCGCAGCAGACGCAGAUCGCGUCGGAAGUCGGCGUGGCGUCGACCAACGUGGCAUACAGCUACAAGUACUCGACCAACGGCUUCGCGGCGGUGCUGACGGCGGACCAGCUGCGGCGGGUGAAGCGGCAUCCCGCCGUGGCGUCGGUGCGGGCGAGCGCGCGGAAGCAGCUCUUCACGACGGAUUCGCCCGCGUUCCUCGGAAUGAACAGCGCCGGCUCGCUGUGGCCCGCGAAUGGCGGGCAGGCGAAGGCGGGCGAGGGCAUGGUGAUCGGCAUCGUUGACACGGGCAUCUGGCCCGAGCACCCCUCUUUCAGCGACGCGGGGUUCUCGUCGUCGCGCCCCGCGGGGUGGUCGGGGAAGUGCGAGACGACCAAGGAGUUUAAGUGCAACAACAAGCUGAUCGGCGCGCGGGCGUUUUACCAGGGCUUUAAGAGCGCCAACGGGAUGAAUCUCGCCGGUGACUGGCUGUCUCCCCGCGACGCCAACGGCCACGGCACGUGGUGUGCGGGCGCUGCAGCGGGCAACAGGGGCGUGCCCAUGGCGGGCGGCAAGGCGAGUGGCAUGGCGCCAGCAGCGCGCCUGGCGAUGUACAAGGUGUUCUGGAUGAACAAAGACGGCGACACGUUUGCAGACGAGUCAGACAUCAUCGCAGCCGUCAAUCAGGCCGUGGCGGACGGCGUGGAUGUGAUCUCGCUGUCCCUGGGCGGCGUGAACCCGAUGGACACCUACUUCGAUGACAUCGCUUUCCUCAACGCCAAUCUCGCGGGAGUGUUUGUCGCCUUUGCGGCGGGCAAUGACGGGCCGCCCCAGGGCUUCCGCACCCUUGACAACUACGCACCCUUCUAUCUCACAGUGGGAGCCAGCUCCAUUGCCCGAGGGGGCCUGACUCUCGCCAGCUCACCAAAGUCAUCCAGGGCAGCAGCUGCCAAUGAAACGUCAGUCUCAGCCUUGCCAUCAGCAGGCGAUUCCGCCCCAGCCGUGACAGACUUCUCCUCCACCGGGCCCCUCGUCUUCCCCGACAUUGGAACCGGCAACGGCCUCGCCACCGACAGCAUCUUAAAGCCCGACAUCAUCGGCCCCGGGCUGGACCUGUUCGCCGCGUGGCCUGGCAAGCGUGUGGGCGACAAGGGGACGGAUGCGCAGCUGUCGGGGACGUCGAUGGCGACGCCUCACCUGGCGGGCAUUGCUGCUCUCAUCAUGCAGAAGUACCCCUCGUGGAGCCCGGCGCAGGUCAUGUCCGCCAUCAUGACCACCGCCACAACCAAGGGUGUCGGUGGCGCCGCCAUCACCGCCGCCUUCGGCAAGACUGCCACGCCGUGGGACAUGGGUGCUGGGCAUGUGUUUCCCCCUAAGGUGCUUGACCCCGGGCUCACAUACGACGCCCGGAAGAGUGCAUACCUCAACUUCCUGGCUGGGCUAGAUAUGGAGAGGACGCAGCAGGAGUACCCGAACGAGAAUCUCAAGUCCGUGCCUCCCAGAGAGCUCAACCGCCCCACCAUUUCGAUCACCAGUCUCAAGGGCACGCUGACCGUCACACGGACGGUCACCAAUGUGGCUGACUCCGCUUCCACGUAUUCUGCCAAGAUACAGAAGCCGAAUGGCGUGGAGGUUACUGUCAAGCCCAGCAGCUUCACCGUUUCUCCUGGAAAGAAGGUUACCUUCGUGGUAACGUUCAAGGUUACCAAGACCUCUAAAAGCUUCCAGUUCGGCAGCCUCACGUGGGUGGAUGACAAGGGCCAUUCCGUGAGGUCUGCUAUAGCGGUCAAGCCUGUGCAGAAGUGAACCCAGUCACUUCAAGUCACUUCUGCCCAAUAAUGAUGGACCAACAAGAUAGUGCUGGUUCAAAGUAGCACAUGAGAAGUGACCGCCCGCUUGGCACUUGGAAUGAAGGCAAGCCUUGUGUUGGAUGCAGUUGCUCGUAGUAUGGGGCAUGAUUGAGAAUAAUUUAUUUAUUUUCUA